AUGGCGGCCCUCGUGAGCAAGAUCAAGAGCGUCGUCAGCCCGAACCACACCUCGGAGCAAGGCGAGCGCGGCAGGCAUGCACCUGCACACCCUUCUCACUUGAACCCGGACCACGAAGACCGCGCCCGCUCGGCCAGUCGCGGACGAGGACUUGUCACCACCGGUCGCGGCGGCGCGGGAAACAUGUCACGCUCUCGCGCCCGCGACGCCGACUCGGCGGAAGAAGCCGCCGAAGUCGCAGCCGCCCGCUCUCGUUCCCGCUCUCGCGUUCGCGCACAGCACCACGGCGAGGACUUGCCUGUCGCUGCAGGCAGGGGCGGACUCGGGAACGUCCGUGGCGAGAGCAAGGACGCGAGGAGCCGCGAGAGGGAGGCCAAGAUCGAGGAGGAGGACAAGGAGGCGGAGGAGAGGUGGGGAGCGAAGCACAAGGCGGACGAGCACCUCACCGGACGCGGAGGAUUGGGUAAUAGGGAACACCGUUGA